UGGGGGUUGUGACUGACAUAACCUCCUCGAAUGCCGGAGGGGGAGGAUUAAAGAAAUAUUUAAAAGUGCCGACCAAAUGCGCAGCCCGCGAACGCCCGUGCAUGUUCAUGUUCCGGAGCAGGCGCACGACGCUCGCUAAGCGCCUGUGGAAGGCGAGGGUGUCCCGUGGGGGAGGGGAUGAGGAGGCGGCGGCCGUGGAGGGCUUGGAGGGGGGCGAGGCCCCAGGAGGGCCCGAGGCCGCCCUGCGGACGCUACUCAAGCACCUGAAGGAGCCGCAGCUGGAGGCGCUGGCCACGGCUGUUGAGAGCAGGGGGGCAGAGCUGUCUGCGUGUGUGCUGUUGCCCCGGGAUCCUACGUGGGACGCGCUUCUCCUGUGCUGUCGUGCGUGGCGCUGGCCUGACCUGCGACUGCCAUGCGAGGUGAAGCGGUUGCCGGCGUGCCGCGCGACCAAAGACCCGGGAUGCAUCUGCUGCAAUCCAUAUCACUGGAGCAGGCUGUGCAAACCUGAGUCGCCGCCGCCCCCCUACUGCAUGCUGCCCAACGAUAGGUGCAGACACAAUGAGCUGGAACCGAGCGACGAGUACAGCUGGCGCACGGACAGACUGGGUUCUUCUUGCUACGGCUCCGUCACGACCAACGGGGAAGGCGAUGCCGGGGAGCGAGAGUGGUGCAAGCUGGCCUACUGGGAGCUGGCGACGCGCGUCGGUCGCCUCUUCUCCGUCGAGGUGCCGGCCGUCAACGUGUUUGCAUCACUGCCGCGCGGUGACGGCCUCUGCCUUGCUACGCUCGCGCGCAGUCUGUCCCCUGUGCCCCCCCACGACUCCGUCCGCCGCACCCGAGCCAAGAUCGGUCUUGGCGUGAUGCUCAGCCUGGAAGGAGACGGCGUGUGGGCGUACAACCGCUCCGACUCGCCCAUCUUCGUCAACUCGCCCACCCUGGACGGGCCUGACACGCGCACCCUGCUGGUGUACCGCGUGCCGCCGGGCCACUGCCUCAACGUGUUCGACGCGGGCCGAGCGGCCAGCUUCCCCCCCCGCUGGGCCCCCGCCGCCUCGGGCCCCAUCGACCGCUGCUCCGUGCGCAUCAGCUUCGCCAAGGGCUGGGGCCCCAAGUACUCGCGCCAGGAGGUGACCGCGUGUCCGUGCUGGCUGGAAGUGCUGCUGGUGUCGUGCAGGUGAUGCCCGUCCGUGCCCCUCCCCUCCCCCCGUCCGUGCGCGACGCAGAGUCCUAGGAAGCAAACCAUCAGAUAUGAGUUGUUUAUAUCGUGACUACUAUUCUACGUUUACAAAUAACAAUUGGAUCUCUGUUUUGAAGCAACUUAUGGUCUAACCAGCCAGUUUGUCCCAAGAUCAUAAUGAUAAUGUCUCCUACCAAAAUCAAGAAAAUUUUUUUGACAUCUUUUAUGAAUCUUGCAUCAUAUGAUGUGCCCUUGCUGUCUCAUCAAAUUCAAAAUGCCUCUGCUAUAGUUUGUAUGCAAUUAAGAAGGGUAAACAUAAUUUGGAUUUAUUCUGUGCCUUCGCGAAUCUUUCGAUGUCCGGGAGUUUACGGACUGCAUUGCUAGUACAUAUCCUUAAAAUAACAUUUUUUUGACUAGUUUGGUAACCAGUUGUCAGCUUUUAAAUUAUUGGAAUGAAUUAUAAGCUACUUUUUCCUAACUAUAAAAAUGUAAGAACUAUUUAAAUUUUAAUGUGUGCACAGCAAACAGCAGAAAGCUAAAAUUUAUGUGGCAAUGUUAUCUGAAAUUCAGAAAUGAUUAAAGAAACUCUAAAACUGGUGAACAUUUUGUAUUUCGUAGUUAUGUAUUUGUGUUUAAAUCCACUAACAUGAUGAAAAAUUCAUUGCGGUUAAAUGAAAAACUUGUACAAUUUGUUAUUAGAAUGUAACAUACAAACUGCAAAAAAAAUCAUAAUAAUUUGCAUUCUUUUUUUUUUUAAUUUUUAUAAUUGAAAUUUGACAUUCUUAUGGUAAAUUAAUUAGAUAUAUUUAAAUUUGAUUCAAAUUAAAAAGUGUGUGUUCAUGCAGGCCUACUUAUUGAACCAUCAUUUUUUUAAAAAAAAAAUCUUCAACUUGUAACUUUGUUGUAUAAUAAAUAAAUUUUGUGUGUCUGUAAUCAGUAAACAAUCAGUCACCUUACAAUGCCAUUAAAGAUGUUUGAAGACGUCUGCGAUGCAGGGUUCGUAUUAUUGUUGGGUGAAUUACAUAUAAAACUCUUUGUGUCCUGUUUAGAGUUGUGUUGCUGUAGCUCAGAACAUUUUGCUGUGAUAGUUACUUGAGUAACGCCUUUGCUACGGGGCAGCUACCGAAGGGUUUGCUUCUUCGGCAUGGCACACAUAUCAAGACGGCAGUCUUUGAAACUCAAAUUACUUCUUUUUACGUGUGAGUUUUUCUCCAAGAUGUUUGGAUAUGGGAAGUUGAAGCAACAGAAUUUGUAAUAAACCAAACUUUUGAAGCGUUGGUGCAGUAUCUUUUACUGCAAACUAGUCAAAAUCUGUAAAAUACCAUAUUGUCCUGUAAUUCUUUGUUUUAUUUGAGUUUUUUGCAUGUAAAAAUAUUAAAGGUUCUCCACUUAUUUGCAUUACUGCUAGAUGAAAACUAAAAUAAAAAUACAGAAGUGUACAAAGGAAGUAGUGCCGGGUUCAUAAACCACGCAAGAAACGCAAGCCAAAAUGUUAAGUAACCGUGCUGUGAAUCAACAGUUUAUGAAACUACACAAGAGGGGAAAAAAACAAUGCAUCAGCCAACAUUAAACAUCUUGUGUUUCCAUCAUCUAUGUUUGUAGUAAAGUGUUCUGAACACUUUUAAAAAUGCUGACUAUGUGUAUCACACAUAUCACACAUCAUGUUUUCAAAUAUAUAAAUUAUCACAUAGAGAAAAUAAAAAUGUUUUAAAUCAAAUUAUUAAGAAUUACACGUGUGUUUUACUGAGAAUACUUUCUGAAAAGAAGUUCGAUGAUAAAUAUUUUUCUUCUAACAGUUUAAGUUGUGGGGUUGGUGACAUCUUGCAAAUUGAAUGUUUUUUUAAAACUACCAUAGUUUUUUGUGUUGCAUCCGUGCAUUUCUUGCGGACUUUAGAAACUCAGUCUAAGGCUUUUCUUGAUGUGAAAUUUAUCCUUCAUUUAUUAACAUUGUUUUUUUCUGCUAGUCAUGUAUACGGCAAUGUACUUUCUUCCUGUUGUACUAUUUUCCAUCUGUUCAUAAUUUUUAAUAUUUUAGGUAUUUUCAGCAGCUGUACAUGAUCACAACCGCGAAAUUCCAGUAAUCAUCUCUCACCAAAAUAUAAAAACACACUUUCGAACCACAUGCAAGAUGUCCAGCUUCAUUAAGAGACAUCAUGUUAACCAACCUUGGAGUUUAAUAGAACUUUGCUAUGCAACAUUGCCAAGUUAAUAAGCCACACCAUGUUUUUUCAGCAUGCAUUUUACGCAAAAUUAUGCCCGGAUUAUUUGGGUAAAUACGGUAAAUUGUAUAUGAAAUAUAAUAUUAAAUAGGCCUUAUAUUUAAAUUUUUGGUUUUGACGCUUUUUUCAACUUUGCCAUGGUUUAUUAUGGUUUUUUUCAUUUGUGCUUUUAGAAUAACAUAAAUUAAUUUUGUCCUUUGCAGCAGUAGACGAGAGUACUAUUGAAUUUGCACUGCAUUUGUGCUGCUAAAAUGUAUGGAAAAAAUUAGUUUAACUUACUAGCCUGCUAUUCAUUUUGCUUUUAUAAUUAAUUGUAAUUUUUCAACCCAUAAAUAUUUUUUUGGGGGACACAUUUUUUCUGUGUUCCAAGGUCAAAAUAAAUGUUUUUUUUUUUAUGUUACAUAGUUAUCUACAUCCAGGUGAAUGAUGUGGUGUCUCAAGCCCAAAUUAUUUUCAUUAAAGUGCAAUAUAUUAUAUCUUUUUGUAGUAUUUGCUUUUAUAAUGUGCAGUUUUGCUACUGAAAGUGGUUUUUGCCAUUGCAUUUUGCUGUUUGUAAGUGAAGGACCCCCUCUCACUCAAAAGACUGCCUUAAAGUUAUAGUAAUGGUGGUAUCUGCACCUGUCCUUGAAUGUGUUUCACAACUGCGCGAUGCAGGGACCUUCACCCAGGCAGGGCUCAACUUGUGUUGACCGCUCCACUUGAGCAUCAGAUAGUAUAGAAGAGUUUCACCUUGAUUAAUAUUUAAAAAAUUUUCUAUUUGUUGAUCUUUUGAAGGUAUUUUUACAGUUUUCAUUCUGAAAGAAAAGGUAAUAAUUAUAUCAUUAUAUGCUUAACAUGUAUUAUUAUUUCACAGGAGAAACUAUUUGUAGCAGUCUGUCACUUUUAAUAACAAGGCAUUCCAUUAAAUUAUGUACUGUGCUCAAACAGAGCCAAAAUAUCAUUUUAUAUGAAAUGAUAUCAAACAAUUUGUUGACCAAAACACUUGAAACCAAGAUAGUGUCUUUCAGUUAACAUCUCCUUAGAAGUUAAAAUUGAAUAUAAUCAGAUGAUGCUCUUGAAAUACAAGAAAAUGUAUUUCAAAAAUCUUCCCAAAUUUUCCUUUACAUGAUACAAUCACAUAUCAGGUACAUUUUGAACAAUUAUAAUUUCAUAAUAAAUUUGGGUAGAAAACUUUUGUGCUGUAUGGUAUAUCUGGCAACAAAGCACACUGAAAUGACAGACUAAUUGUAGAAAUUGUGAAUUGUAAAGAGAAAAUAAAUGAAAUCUCGGUUGAAUACAUACAGCAAACUAAGUAUGACACACUAUAGUUUAUCAAUUGUGUGUGAUUUAACAGUUCGCAGGCGUACUGGAAUUAAUAAUGUCUUAUAAGUUUUAUAAUGUCAAGUAGUGUUUUUUUUACUGCAUUUACUCUCUUUUAAGGGACUUUUUUAUGACUUUUAAAUUGAAGUGCAUCUUAAGCUUAUAGUUAAUUUUUUUUAUUGAAUCUUAAGUAUUAAGAGUGUGUAUUAGAAUUGACAGUUUCUUAGAUUUGAGUCAUUACAGUAUGUGUUGUUUGUAAAAUUUUCUGCAAGAGAAUAGAUGGCAGCACGGUAUUUCUUGUCAGCUGUCAAUGUUGCUUUAUUAGUUGUUGUUAAAACACUAAAAAAUUCAAAGUAGGCUGUGCUAGGUGCAUUGCGACGCGUAAUUGUGAAAUAUUCUGUAGAGGUUUGUGAAACAGCUUGAUAUCAGUGUGCCACUUGGUUGGCAGAGUGUGAACAUUUCAGGCUGACAGAUACACACAUGGUUGGGUUUCAAUGUAUGGCAUGUUGCUGGGUGGGGUGGGGGGAGUAAAGAAAGUGGAUGUCAGGGAAUAUGUAAUUAGUAACAUACACGUGUAAAAAAGAAAUUAUAUCUUCUUUUUCAAUUGUUCUCACAGCUUCAAUGUACCCGGACAAAGUGCUUCAGCUAUGCAAGUGAAUACAGCGGUCAUUAUAGCUUUGAUUUCUCAAAAAGAAAUAAAACCUUUAAAGAUUCUUUUUAUUUUGCAUCAAGAGCAUAUGACUGUCCUUUUUUUUCCUUACAUUCUUUUAAGUGUUAAGCCAGUUUCCUUUGUUUGUUCAACUUAUAAAGACUUUUUAUUUGAGGAAAAAGGUAACAAUCAAAAUAUAUAUAUAAUAUAAAGAUUUUAUAUGAUAUUUAACCAAAUAAUUUUAACUUGUAUGAAUUUUUUUUAACCCUUGACGAAUCACUGUGUUGCUUCGAGACAAAUAAACUCGUACUGUGCAGUGUCAAAAUGAAAUAUUUGUAAAUAUAAAUAUAUAUAUGUAUAUGUAAAUUUUUCUAGUGAUGUCUAACAAGGUAAUGUCGUUUUUGAAAUGCUUGUGUGUGGAGAUGGGACUAUACAGAUUUUGUCGAUACUGGUAACUGUUUUCGAAGAGUUGGAAAUGACAAAAUGUCACUUGCGUCGGGUAGUGGAUAACUUGGAUGCCUAGUUUUUUCACAAUACAAUACACAUUGCUUUGAACGAAAUUGCCAGUUAUUAAAAAUAAAAUUUGGUCCAAUGAAAAUAAUUAUCUACCGAUUCCUAGUUAUAACCCAAAUGUGCCUUUAAUUAUACUGUAUUGAUUUUGUUGCAGCAUUAAUAUUUCUUAAAACUUUAUUCUGGAUUAAAAAUGAAUUCUUUGUUCAUUUUUUUUCACACAUACACACACACAUAUAUAUGUAUAUAUAUAAAAUUAAACAAUGUGUGUGUGUUUUCAUUGUACAGUAAGGAAAAUAUAUUUAUUGUUUAAUCUAUAAAACUUCUUUUUUUUUUCACAUUUCCAGAUUUUAUAGUUUUCUGAAAUUUAUUCAUUUUUUCUGUUUAAUACUUUAAUCCAAUGCUGUACAAAUUAUUUUUGUUCUGUUUCCUGUAUUUUGCAUUAUUUUUCCAUUGAACAGUGUAAAAAAGGCCUUGUCCUGUAGUGCAUAUGUCUAACUUUUUUAACUUACUUGAAAUAGAAUAAAUACAUAAUAAAAUUGGGAUUCAACUUGGAAUUGGUGGAACAUAGAAGAGACAUGGGUCGGUAUCGAUAGUAUCUAUGUUUUGGAGCCCAUCUCUACUUAUGUGUUUUAUUUUUAUAUAUUUUGAGAAUCUUGCUGAGUACGUAACAUUAUGUACAUUUUUUAUUUAGCGUGGUUACGGCGGGUGCGACUCAAACCCUUCCCCUCUGUCGUUACUCAGUUUGGUACGACAUCUACAUCACAUGGACGUCAUGAAUUGUUUCAGUCAUGUUGGAGUUUUCUUUCUUUCUUGUUUGUAUUUUUUUUUUACAUACGCAUAGAUUAAAUGUGAUAUCACCAUAAGAAAAAAAAAGCUCUGUAUCAUUGUAGUUUCCGGCAUGUAAGACGAGGCCAGGUUUCCAAUGACAAAAAAUUUAAAUUAAAUUUAUAACAUAAUAUAUUGCAUGAACCCAUCAAAACUUGUCGACCAGCAUAAAAAAAAAGGGGAGAUAAGUUUUAACUACCUUUGUUUUAAACUUGACAGCAUAGAAACAACGACCAUAUCAUUAAGAAAGGGUGCAAGAUAAAGACCAUCAAGGGUAGGUUGUGAGUGGAGAUACAAGGGUAAAUAGCUGGCUCAUGCUAGGCUAUUCAUUAUAAAAACUAGUUGUUUCUCAUUCUUGUUUGUGCAACAGUAGCAUAAGUACUGCUGGGUGUGCAGACUCUAUGUAACAGUGAUAGAAGUACAGUUUACAUGAGAUAAGUAGCAGUUAUAAUCUCUUUGUGCAUAAAAUUCUUGUCUUAUACGCUGGAGAAUACAGUAUUCACAUUUAUAGUUGUGGCAGCUGUACAGUUUAGCAUCAAUUAAAGAGUAUUUAUUUUUAAAAUGUGGAUAAUUUUUCCAUUAAAGUGAUAUGAAAUUUAUUUUUAUUUUCCAAGGAUCAAUAAUUUGGACAUGCUUACGUAAGACUUAAUAACACCAUUGUGCUGCCAGCUUGCUUAACUAGAGUGCUGGAAGUGAGAGAAAUACCAUGCAGAAAUCUACAAAGGUUGGUUGCAACUGUGCUUAGUAAUUAAGUAGAGGAGUGAUAACACACAUACAAUAUUGCAGAAUAUUUGUGCAUCCAUGCUCUUUACAUCAUGUCAUCCAUAAUCACUAUUCAUUUUUUUUCUGUAUAGUUUUGUACAGUUAAAAUGGCUCGAUUCCUUCUAUCGAAUUUCACUUGCGUUUACUUAUUUCAUAACUGACCAUAGCUAACCUUGGCUGAUUUGCUGUGAAUUGUACAUAUUUAUCUUUUUAUUUUUACUUAUCAGUCUUUGUUUUCUGACAUGAAAAAAUGUGUACAUCCAUCAUUAUUCACUUUAUACUGUGCUGUCAGGUAUCACACAGUUGUUACAAUUUUGCAGUUUUGCCAUACAAACUCUUUCACUAUAAACAUAAGUUGAUUUGCAAUACAAUUGCUGUCUGCAAUAUUUUUUUUAUGUGAAGGUGUCCUCUGUAAAGGUUAAAUUUUUAGACACAUUAGUAAUUCAAUGAGACUAUUAGUGACUGUAAAGACCAGAAAAAUUGGCGAUUUCGGAAAACUUAAAAAAUAAAAAAUAAACUAUAUUAUUCCUCCCUCCCCCCAGUCCUAUUUUACACCAAUUUCUACACAAAUAGGCUCUCAUCUAAGGAUUGCUAUAGUUACACAACUUUCUCAUCAAAAGUAUUUUGAAAGUAGCCCAUUGUAGAGAAAAAUGCAUGGAACAAGUAGGUAUUUAUGAAAAAAAAAAUAUAGUCUCCAAUUUUUUUGAAUUUCUAACCAAAUUAAUUUGAUUUGAAAAUCUCUACAUGACCUACUGUGAAGUUGUUUUAUACUUCUGCUCCAACUCAUUGUCAAUUCUAGGGGAAGUGCUUGGCUAAAAAAAAAAAUUCAAACUCUGCCUUUAAGCUGCAUCAGUAGUGCCACUUUUGACUGCGUCCUGAACUGGUACAGGCUCGACAGUUGAGACAGGAUAGCAAGUUGGAAGGGUGAGUGAGAGAGAGGGAGAGCUAGCAGCAGUGUCCCACCUCCUGCCUCUCCUCUCUGGCUGCCAGUGAAGCAGCUUUAUCUGCUUCUCCAGCCCCCGGUGACAACCGACUAUCACUGCAUUUGUAUCUUCAUUAUAUGCUUGUUUUUUGAACGACAGCUUAUGUACUGCAGAAGCAAUUCUUCCAAUUUUUUUAUUUAAUCUGCUGUUUGUUGCUUUAAAAGAGGCUGUGUUAAUCAUUUUUACUGAUGAAAGUGGCACCAGAAAAGCUUUCUUAAAUACUGCGAAAUCUGCCAGUGUUGAAGUGUUUAUAAUGUGGGGUGAAAGCACGGCCAAUGUCUGGGGUCCAGGAAUGAGUGGUUAAGAUGAAAGAUGCCCGGCGCCAAAUCACCGUAGAGCAUCGCCACAGAGUGGUGUCUGUUUAUCUCAGGUGGCGAUCAAAUACACUGAUGUAGGUAUUGUGGGCGACUGUACGGGUUACGACCAGGAGACGUGCCGCUACCCUCUCGGCAAGAUGGCUGCCUAGCCAAUUAGCAUUGCUAACACAGGAGGCGCUCAUGCUGAUGUAAUCCACGGGCACCAACAUAUGCCACUAUGAUAGUUCACUAUGACACACUCAGUGCGAAAUGUCAGAAUGAUGCAUGGUCGUAUGUGUGGUGUAGCUGAUCAACCUAAAAACAAGAUCCGGCGACGGCCGAUGCCGAACGUCACUCGUGCAUGCCACUUCUGUGGGGCAUAACUGCAGGAGGGGAGUUAGGCUCACGCUGUAAAGGCUAGGAGACUCUCGAGGCGAACAUGAGAAAGGUUUAAGUGAGCUAAACACAGGAAAUUACCAGAAGAAAGAAAUUGAAUUACCUUCUAGUCACAGACCAAACAGACUGGCUGUUAGACACACACGAGGGAAGUGAUGUUAUUGAACUUUCAAUUAUAUCAACCUCAUCUGCGAGUCCUUUCCUAUAAAAAAUAAAACAAAAACACAUGAUAACAAAUAGAGAAAUUGCCAUUUAGUUUGUACCUAUUUUUUAUGCUUCAACACCAUUUAGUUUUCCUCUUCCUGCAUAUCGCUCUGCCGACGCAGUGCUCAUGUGGCAGACGCGCUCACAUCACUGGCCGGGCCGAUCUAACUUCAGGACUGCCCAGGGCAGUACAACUUCAGAUGAACUUAAAAUUGACAAAAUUUUCCUGCAUUUACAAAAUAGAAUCAGCGAGGUUAUUUUUUUAUUCUAAGUCAUUAAGUAAAAGUGCACUUAAAAUAACUUUAAUCUUUGUUGCAAAUUAUGUGUUCAAGAAAAAAUUACACCCCUUUUUCAGGUGUCUAAUGAUGGGUCAGAAGAUGUUAUUUUUCUCAAGUCCUAAUCUUGAAUUUGGUUCUUAAAAAUAGUGACUUGAAUACAAAUAUAGAUCUCAAGAGUUAGGCAUAUAAUAAUGCAUAAUCAAAAAUGACACAGAAUGGGGUUGUCGUGAAGUUAAGUUAUUAUUAUUCAAUCAUUUUUUUUUAAAUACUAAUUAUUUUGUUAUUUUAAUGUAGAAUCUAUGAUACUAACAAAAUUGUUAGUUUUUUUAAAACCAUUUUAUACUUUGAAUAAUUGUCAAAUUUAGAGAUUUUAACAAAUCAAAACCCAGCAGUGGCAAGUGAGAAUCAAGAAAGACCAGGUUUGAACAUUAUUGAAAUUUAAUGGGUGUGAAUAAGUGGAACUGAGUUUUAUUAGCAGCUAGUAAAAAGUUACUGGUGAGUAUAGUAAAGUCCUUGGUGUAAUCUGGACUUAAUCCUAGUGGAGGUAGGUAAUGAACUAAAGACGAGGUAGCAAAUGGAAGCACCCCAAAACAGCGUACGCUUUGGCAGUGCUGUUAAAUUAAUUUUAACAGUUUGCUUAAAGCGGUUUGUGUUCAAGCACCUCUCUUAAAUCUUGAUAGUUUGUUUAAUGGUUUUCUGUCUGUAAGUUCUGCAGACUGUUCGUCCAAGCAAACAACAGCCUUAAUACCUUAAUAUAAGCAAACUUAUCUUCGUUAUUUGUUUCAUUUGGGGAUUUUUUUUCAUAAAAGUUUUAAUGGGAACUUAUAACUUCAUGUAAUCAUAUGCACAAAACAAAAUAGCAUCCUUUGUAAGUGUGGAGAAAAUGACUUUUCUCUUUCAAUUAGGCUGUAAUCCUAUGCAAGAUAUUAAAUUACUGGUAGGUAAAAAAAAUACUUUGGUUUUCCAGAGAAUUAGGCUAGCCAACCAUUUACCAAUUUUUCUCUCUCUGAGAAACUCUGUAAUAAUGUUAAGCUGUCAAACAUAAAAAUUGACAAAGUUGUGUGUCAGAAAAAUGCACAUAUUCAUGGAUGUAGAACUCUAAAAUGAGAUAUAUUCUAAUUAUUUAAGGUACUUGUUAGUGGUGUUUGAUGGCCCAUAUGUAAAAGGUCUCCACAUGCUGAAGCAGUACAUUGAAGUGGCAGCAUUAGCACAUUGUACUUACUGCUCAUGCAAUUACACUAAGGCGGGAGACAAAGAAUUGUACAAGGUGAUGUGCUAGCAAUGAGAAUCAUGGCAGCUUCUACAGUGUACAUGGUCAUAACACACUGUUCAUGCCACUGCGGCAAAUGGUUUCGCUGCAAUUAUUGCACCAAAGAAGUGGUAGUACCACUAGUUGUGAACCUUCAUUUUCCGAUGUUUACGUCCUACCCUCUUAACCUUAUCUCAAUGACAUACCACACCAGUUUGUGGGGAUCUGACCAUUAACAUUGGAUUUCAAAAAAUUUUUUACAAAAAUAUGUAAUUAUAUAAUAUAGAGUUGUGCAUUCCUAGGUUAGUAACGUGUUAUUACAGGAAUCUAAUGUAUGUAUUUCUCUCACUGACGCGUCAUAAGUUUUGGCAAUACUAGCUCGUGUCGCAUCUCACAGACAGGUCAAACGAAUGGCGUGUGCAGAAUUAUGAGCGCACAUGCUUGCGGAUGCAAUAAUUCCUCCUCACGCACCAUAGAGUUUUUGGGAACAUCACAUUACAGUGCGUUUGUACAGAAAAAAAUAGAAAUGCUCUCUUUUGUGUAUAACCAUUUUAUUCAUACAUAUCCAACAGUGUUAAUUGCUUAGGUGUUGAUACUAGUACUAAUUACAAAGUCCAGUUUGUUAAUUAAAAAAUAAGAAAAAAAGGUUGCUUUGUAUAAUUGUCAGUGCUUUUAAACCAAUCAUGUAACCACGCAAGUCAUGACUAAGAACUCGUUCAGUCGAGUCAUUGAGUGAUUUUGCAGCUGAGAUCAUCGCGGAUUGGUGAACUCUCGUCUUUACUUGGCAAGUGACGUGAGAUAUUUUUUUACUGAAACUUUGGUUCUUGCUUGAAAUUUCAUUUUUGAACGAACCAAAAAAAGGAAACAAUUAUAAGUGUUAUUUUGUACACAGUAAUAUGUUUAAAAAAAAAUUAAUAUCUAUUGAAAAUGUACAUCAAAUUAUAUAUAUAAAUUAUUUACACUUUACCAGUUAAUUUGUAAAUUUUGAUUAGAGCAAGUUUUCUGUAACGGACUACAUCAUACAGGGUCCUUGUGGAAUAUAAAAAAAAGUUUGUUAUUGAAUGUUGAUAUAUUAAAUAAAAUCAAAAAUGUUUAA